CAAAUAUAUAUAUCUGACCUGGUACGUACUCCGCGAACGUAGAAUAACUUUUCCGUUUUGAUUGCCUUUUCUUUUGCAAGACUGUUUCUUCUCGUUGGCCUUGGAAAACUUAGACUUUUUUUUCUCUUUUUAAUUUUUAUUUUAAUAUUCUCCUUUCUUGUAAAACUUCUUCCCCAAAAAGACAUUUCUUUGCCCAGAAAACAGAAUUUUCAAACUUAUUAUUGAUGUUCAUCAUAUAUUGGCAGUAGUAGCUCACCUCAACAAUUUCAUUAUAUGGUUUGGGUGUGGCUUAGGACUAGAUAUGGCGUACAAGGUGGAUCACGAAUACGAUUACCUGUUUAAGAUUGUGUUGAUUGGAGAUUCAGGUGUUGGCAAAUCCAAUAUACUUUCUAGGUUUACCAGAAACGAGUUUUGUCUUGAGUCUAAGUCUACCAUUGGAGUUGAGUUUGCAACUCGGACAUUACAGGUAGAAGGUAAGACAGUGAAGGCACAAAUAUGGGACACAGCCGGCCAAGAAAGGUACCGAGCCAUAACUAGUGCUUACUACAGAGGAGCCGUUGGUGCUCUCCUGGUGUAUGACAUAACGAAGAGGCAAACCUUUGAGAACGUCCAGAGGUGGCUGCGCGAGCUGAGGGACCACGCAGACUCCAACAUUGUCAUCAUGAUGGCUGGUAACAAGGCCGACCUCAAUCACCUUCGAGCGAUCUCGGCGGAGGAAGCUGCUGCCUUGGCUGAGAAAGAAGGUUUGUCGUUCCUCGAGACAUCGGCGCUUGAGGCCCUCAACGUCGAGAAGGCAUUCCAGAGCAUUUUGCUUGACAUUUACCAGAUAAUAAGCAAAAAGGCAUUGGCUGCUCAGGAGGCAGCUUCCUCCACUGGCCUCCCUCAAGGCACUGCCAUUAAUGUUGGAAAUUUUUCUGGUAACCUCAUAAACAAGAGAGCUCCUUGUUGCUCUGACUAACAAGGGCAUUUUUCGUCUAUUCAUGAAGGAAGGAAAAUGAUUUAUUUGAUUUGGGACUUUAACAUGUAACAUUGAAGGUGGAUGUGCUUACCGAAAAGAAACACAAUUAUGGUUUUUCAUAACAAAACUUAGUGCUAUUAAUUUGCUUGUUUGGAGCGUUACUAAUAGCUUUAAGUUUUUUUCAAAAAACAAA